AUGGAAGUCGACGCACACGACGGUGACAAUGAUACUGUGGUGGGUCGCGCCAUUGCUGCCUAUUUUUGUCUUUCAGAGGAUGUUAUUGUCGUAAUGUGCCGUGAGUUCCGGCUUGGCGCGACUCAUAUGAUUGCUACAAUCACCUACCGUUUUAACUUGGCGGCAGAUGUUAGCAAGCGACUUGAAGGCGCUGUUGAAGUACGCUGCUUGAAGACUGGAGAAUUUCAUCAUGAGGCGUGGUGUAUUGAGAGCGUUGUCUUUGGGAAUCCUGUGGCCCUUUCUGCGUUCUCCAUGGUACAUGCUUCAAGUCGAUCAUGCAAAGAGGCCUGCCGAAGGCAGGCCACAUGGCCUGAUGUACUAUGUAAAACGUCAUGCUGGUGUAGCAUGGACUUUAUACGAGAUGUGAAGUAUGUGGAAGAAUCUCGUGGUUCGCGUACUGGUUUCACGAUCAUUAAAAGCCCCUCCUUUUUAGGCGAAAGCGCAGACGCCAUUACAACAUCCAUACUAGCUUUUUGUGAGGCUGUUCAAUACCCUGCAUCUGUUUUGGAUGAAUCGCACGUCUGGUAUGACUUGGAGCACGCAAAACUGUCUGCCCGUUCUACCACAGGAGCCAACUUCCACAUUGACUUUUGUCUCUGCAUGUUAGAAUGGCCGGACAUUUUGUCCGCAGCCACGGAUUUUUCCGAAAAGAAGUUGUUGGGUCGCUCCGCUCUUUGCCAGGCGACACUUGAUGCUCGCGCAGAUGUGUUAUUUGCGAAACCACUCUGGUCACUUCUUUGCUCUGGCAACGUUCACCAACAGCAGUGCCGGGGCGAAUGA